AUGCGGAAGAACAAUAAUUCGAUUCAUAUUUUUACAGUGUUUGCCCUGCGACAGUGUCGAUCAGCACGUGCAGUUUGCGUUCCAGUAAAGUUCUGUCCACCUAUCUUCAAUGCGAUCAUUGCGAAUAAUACGCAGCAAAAUUACACGCUUAAGAAAGACAUCUGGUCUCGAGCCUGUCAUCAGAGAGGAGAAAACCCGCACGUUUGCUGCGAACCGGCCGAUAUCGCGAUCGAUAAGCACUGUGUUAAUUCACGCGGACUUUCCGGCCGUUGUGUUGCUCCAGAACAUUGCCGGUUAAUCCCUGAUGUGAGAAAGUCGAGAGCAGUAAAGAAACGACAGGAAAAUCUCUGCUACCAAGAGGGCAAUAAGGAGUAUUUUUGCUGUUCAGAAGAGUCUUUAGUGAAUACCCCGACCAAAAAGCGUAGAACCAGAGCAAACAAGCAGCUGAUGGCGAUUGAGAACGAAUUUGCUUCCUGUAAGGACGCCACCGGUAAGUCCGGACUGUGUGUUCCGGUACGACAUUGUGACCGUAUUUACGGCGCUUUUCUGGAUGGACGCAUUUACGAAGAUACACACCUUGCGGAUUUCGUACGUCGUAGCAACUGUCCGUCGGAUGCUCGUCCCAGCAGUUCGAUUUGCUGUGCGACUUCUUCGGCUCGAUCUGGACUGGAUUACAUUCGACACAAGAAUGCCGUUAAACUUGGGCUCGGUCGGUGUGGAGUUGUGCGCAUUGUGGAUAAGAUUCUCAAAGGAGGCGAGACAGCGCCGGGUCAAUAUCCUUGGAUGGCUAACCUUCUAUACAAGCAGAAGAACACGAUGAAGACUUAUUGCAGUGGUUCCUUGAUUAAUCCGAAGUAUGUCUUGACAGCGGCUCAUUGUAUAAGAGGAAAAACUAUACCGAAAGCUAUCCAAUUGGGAGUGCACGAUAUAUCCAACAUUCAGCAUUGCACGGACAGUACGUGUGCCGGACCAGGUCAAAUACAUGCCAUUGAAAAAAUAAUUCGUAACGAAAAUUUCAACGGCUUCAGCUCAGAAUACGAUAUCGCCUUGAUUCGAUUAGCAACCGAAGCUACUCUGGUUCCAGAUCAGGUAUAUCCAAUUUGCCUUCCAAUAACCAGAACUUUGCUUAUGCUGAAACCGAAGCAGCUGGUCGUAUUGGGCUGGGGAGUGACGGAAAGACAAAAACCAUCGAAUGUCCUACUGGAGGCAGAGCUGGAAGUUACCAACCGGACGAAAUUAUGCAUAGAUGAAGCAACGUUUUGUGCCCGGGGAAAAUCCAGAGAAGGACAUUGUGCAGGGGACUCGGGAGGACCAUAUCAGGCUAUGAUUCCGGCGGGGCGUAACUACAAAUACGUGCAGUUUGGGGUUAUUUCUGGCGGUGCUGGGCAGUGUAGCGUAGACAAUCAUGAGCCCGGUGUAGGCGUGUUCGUUGGCUAUCAUGUCAACUGGAUACUGGAUAAUUUAGAGAUUUAG